AUGACCUCCAACCGUAUCAACAUUCAAAUCCCAACCUCUCACGGACAGGCGCCCCUCAGCAGCUGGCUCUACCCAAGCCCAUCGAAAUCCAAAUCAGCAAUAAUCCUCGCCCACGGCCUAGGCGGAACAAAAGAACUCAAACUAUCCAACUACGCGACCUCAUUCCAAAAAGCAGGCUACACAUGCGUCGUCUUCGACUAUCGCUGCAAUGGCGAGACGGCAGGACACCCUCGCGGACUGGUAGAUUGGAAGAUGCAGCAAGAAGAUUGGAAAUCGGCCAUUGACUAUACACGACAAUUGGAAGGUGUUGAUGGUGAUUGUGUCGCGCUGUUUGGAACUUCGUUUAGCGGUGGACAUGUUAUUCAGCUCGCUGCGGAGGAUCAUCGUAUUCGAGCUGUUAUCUCUCAGUGCCCUUUUACGGAUGGCGUGAGGAGUUCGAUGUGUGUUGGACUUAGGGCUUUGCCGGGGUUGAUUUGGGCGGGGAUGAAGGAUACUUUGUUCGGAGACACGACUGUUAAACUUGUUGGGGCUCCUGGGGAAGUUGCGUUGAUGAAUGCUCCUGAUGUAUUGAAGACUUUCCCUCCGCUUGUGCCUGAUGGGUAUGCGUUCCAGGAGGAUGUUCCUGCUCGUUUGGUUAUGCGGCUUCCUUUUUUGAGACCGGGGAGUUAUGCUUCGAAGGUACAGUGUCCUAUCCUAUUUGGGAUUUGUGGAAGGGAUUCUGUUGCACCGCCGGGUCCGACGAUUUCGUAUGCGAAGUCUGCGCCGAAGGGUGUUAUUAAGAUGCAUGGUGAUGUGGGACACUUUGAGAUUUACUAUGGUGAAGCUUUUGAGAGGGCUAUUAGAGAAUACCUCGGGUUUUUGGAGACGAAUCUUCCAAUUGACGUCUAA